CACCCUCCUCAUCUGGGUUUGGUGUUCUUUGAUGGUUAGUUGACGAUACAACGCAACAGUUACAGGAUCCCACAGGAAAGCAACGGGUGUCGUUUACACACACACACACACACACACACACACACAAAAAGAAAAAAAAAAAAAACAUAAAACAAAAGAUAGAGGCUGGCUGGUGCUUGUUUGGUCGCGGCGAGCUGGGCUCUCUUCGCGGGGGCUUGGACAACGUAGAAGCCGAGAAGGUGAGCUGGAGCGUGCGGAGGACAUGGAAAGCCGAUAGUUGCGAGGUAUUCCACGGAAUUUACUCUACUCGCCAUCAAUGUUUGGAGCAGUUCCAGCCAUGGAUGCAAGUUGGAGGAACUGUUUCGAGGAGGAGCUUCUGUGUCCUAUCUGCCUGAAUGUGUUCGAGGAGCCAAUCCAGCUGCCGUGCAAACACAACUUCUGCAAAAAUUGCAUCUCAGAGGCGUGGGCCAAAGACAACGGCACAGGGGUUCGCUGCCCUGAAUGCAACCACGAGUACGAACAGAAGCCGUUACUGGAGAAGAACUUCAAACUGGCCAACAUCGUCAAGAGGUUCAACGUGUUGGACUCCGAGAAGUCCCCGGCGGCACUGCACUGCGUUUUGUGCAGACGGGGCCCGCCGCUGCCCGUCAGGAAGGUGUGCCUGCGCUGCAAGGAGCCCUGCUGCCAGAUACACGUGCACACGCACUUGCAGCAGCCGAGCGUGGCGCCCGGUCACCUGCUGGUGGAUGCCGAGGAACUGAGCGCCUGGACGUGUCCCAGCCACGACGAAUAUAGGCUGCUUCACUGCGAGGAGGAGCAGAUGGCUUUGUGUCCCUUCUGCUGCAUCUCCCAUUGCAGCGCCCAAAGGCACACGGUCUGCGACGUGGACACGCAGCGCACGCACAUGCAGGCCGCGCUAAUGAGGCAGCAAGACAGACUGGAGGGUCGUGUUCAGAACAUCGAUGAGCGCAUUACCAAGCUGGAGUCCGACAGGACGAUGAUGGAGGAUGCAGUUUCAGACCUGAAGGAGAGAGUCAGGGACCAGUACCAGAGAAUGCACAGCUUAUUGGAAGUCAAACAGUGUGAAAGUAUUCAGAUGCUGGAGAGAGCGUACAGCUCGUACAAGAUGAAAAACUUCCAGCAGGUUUUGCAGCUCGUGGAGCGACGCCAGCAGGCAGAAAAACUCCUGAGCUCAGUUCAAGCGUUCUUUCAAAGAGCCGACAACAUCAACUUUAUGAAGAAUACAAAACCUUACCAACUACUAACUGAUCGGUCCAAUUUGCAGCUGAGCAGUUCUGUGCCUCCACUCUCAGUGGGCCAAAUCAGCGCUCAUCAUUUCUUCUCCAGCCUCUCAACACAGGAGCGGAAUCUGCACAAAAUCCUGGACGAACCUAUCAAUGAGGUGUCUAUCCUAGAGAUAGUCCAGACACAGUUAAGCCCGGUCGGCCCUCGCUCCGGACCCAACAAGAGGAAAUAUGGCAUGGCUUUCCUGGAGAGCGCCACUGAAAACUCCACUUCACAGCAUAUUCCGGCUUUGCUCUACACCAACAAAAUGCCUCUCCUGACGGAGCACAGCCAGCGCAACUCAAACAUGUUCUCCUCUGAUGUGCUGGGACAGAACGCUCACGCUAGUCAAGGCCACAGUCGCUUCCUGGACAGUUCGGACCCUCAUGUGGUGGGCCAACACUCUGAGGCCAUUUUCCCGCCACAUCUCCGUGGCGGUGGCGCGUCCCAACAGGGUGUGUAUGAAGGAAGGAAAGUUUUGAUGUGCUCCAGGCCCGCAGGUGGUCGACCCCUUUACCCGACACACGACUCGUUCACCCCCAUCACCUCUCAAGAGUUUGGCGCCAUACCUGGCAGCCAGUCCCUGCAGCAUUUACCCAUGAGGGGGCUGAUGGAAGCCUCACAGGCAUCCGGACGCCCUGACAUUUUUGGCCUGUACGGGCAGUCUUCAACCAAGCAUUAUGGAACCAAAUAACAAUAUGGCAAAAAUCAACACCGGCUUCCCUUUUUUGUUUAUUUUGGAUUAAGAAUACAUUCAGUGGACUCUUGUUAGUAACGCAUCCACGACCUGGUGAGAUCCAAUAUAAGAGCUGGUUAAACAAUUCUGCUUUUCCAAUGAUGAUACUGCACACUAAUUAAUAAUUUAACAUAUUUAUUAUUGUGGCUGUAGUUUACCGAUGUGUAGAAUGGGAAUGUUCAUCUGUUUAUGUUUUUAAUAAUUUUAUGCAUCACAUUAAUAAACUGUAAAAAUCA